UUUUUGAUAGCCGUGCUUUGCUGUCCAACACUGGCAGAAACGCACAUCUCGUAAAUAAAUGCUGAUUUCGACAAAUUAAGGAAUUUUCUGAUCUGAGGUCAAAAUAGAGCCGGUAAACUAAGCAUGGAGGUGUGCGGCAGUGUGGUUACCAACUCCAAGUACGAACUUUUCCGGCUGAAGUGCAUCUACUGCACGAUUGAGAGCGAGCUAAAGGACUGGGAGCUGUUCAUUAUCCAUGUCAGGACGGCCCACUUUUGCGAAGAGGAGGACUCUGGGCUCAGUGAAAUAAAACAUGACCCCAAUGUGGAGAACUCUGCCGUAGAAGCCUCGGAUCCCGCCAUCGCCUUUGGUCCGGAUGACUUAUUCGAGGUGAUCGAAAACACCAAUACAGAGGAUCAAUGGCUGCAAGCUGAUGACAAUGAAAUUCUAUACCUAGAAGACGGCACCACUUGGUCUGAGCCCACUGCCGAUUUCAGUGAAUACAUGCCAGAUUCAUCAGAAGCGCCAACAGGAACUAAAACAGAUAUGGAUGAAUCCUCUCAGAAUCAAAUCCCCAUGAACACAGACGACGAUGAUGUCGACUGCAGUGACUUUUAUAUGUCUGAGGAUGACCUAGUCCCCCGAAAAAGAGCUGGACGACCGCCCAAACGAACGAGACCUGGGCAGGUUUUCAAGUUUAAAGUUUCAUUCACUCGAAGCAAUCCCCGAGUGCUGCAUUUAAUACAUGCCUACAAAGAGCAUCCCUGCCUAUGGAAUCCCUCGGAUGCACACUACAAAGACGAGCCAGCACAGAAUAUGGCCUACGAGUCAAUAAUUAAUCGCAUGGACGACAAGGCCAAUGUGCUCUUAACCGUGGAAGAACUGAAGAAAACACUCGAGCAGCUACACGUCCAGUACACGCUGGCUUUAGAGACAAAACAAAAAGGAAAGCUCGUUGGCCUGGGGGCGCGCUAUUUUGCCAAGUGCGAGUAUCUUAGUGUGGCGCCCAGCAUAACGCCCAAAGAGACUGAGGAGGACGAUGAUUUGAUUGUAAUUAAGCUAAACUUUAAAGAGGAGAACCUGGUCACAAGCUCUUUUAUAGAGACCUAUGCCAACUAUCCCGGACUGUACAACCCUGAGCUAUCUGAAUUUGGAUCGGUUGAGGCGCGCGCACAUGCUUACAAAAAGAUGGCUAAGGAAUUCCAGCCGGUGGUGAAGGCCAACGAGACAGAUGUGUACAUUGCGGUUAACAAGCUGCGCCGCUGGCUAUAUGAUGCCAUGCGUCGUCUCAAGUCCAAAGAGCUGAUCCAAAAGUGCAGCAAGCAGGAGGUGCAGUACCUGCGCAUGUGCAGCUUCCUGCCCCCCAAGGGCUCGGAGACCACGGUGCUCUACUGCGACUACUGCGAGAAGCGCUUCCAUGGCGACUAUAAUCUUCGGGUGCACAUGUUCAAGGCGCACCAGGCGGGCGACCUGCCCUACCUCUGCUCUCUCUGUCCACGGCGCUUCGACCGGCAGGUGGACAUGGACCGGCACAAGCUACGCUCACACUUUGAACGGAAGCUGAGGUGCCAGUACUGCGAAAAGAGCUUCGCCGUGGUUACCGACCUCAAGGUGCACACGCUGAUCCACACGGGCGAGAGGCCUCACGUCUGCGACAUCUGCGGUAAAACUUUCCGGCUCAAGCUGCUCCUGGACCACCACGUUAAUGGUGUCCACCUUAACAUACGGCCCUAUAGCUGCAACAUGUGCAACAAGACCUUUCGCAAAAAGUUUGAGCUGGCCAAUCACAUCAAGGGCCACUUGAAUAUCCGUGAUAAGAAGUGCGAGUAUUGCGACGCCUCAUUCUAUGAUCAUUCUUCGCUCUCCAGACAUCGCCGCAUUCAUAGGAGUUGAGUUGCUUACUCCCUCAAAGCAACCUGCAAUUCGUCUGUUUCUUAUCCUUAGCUUCUGGUUUGAUCAGUAAAAUGUAUCAUUUAUUAUGAUAUACAAUAAAUAAAUAUAACUUAUAUUAUUUAA